UCCAUGGAAAACAUCACAGAAGUGACAGAGUUCAUCCUCUUGGGCUUGACAGACAACCCCAAUCUUCAGGUUCCUCUCCUCCUGGUAUUUUUAUUCAUCUACCUCAUCACCGUGGUUGGGAACGGAGGGAUGAUGGGGAUCAUCUGCUUAGAUGCCCAUCUCCACACUCCCAUGUACUUCUUCCUGAGUAACCUCUCCUUAGUGGAUCUGGGUUACUCAUCAGCUGUUGCUCCCAAGAUGGUAGCUGCACUGCAGUCAGGGAACAAGUCCAUUUCCUACAAUGGCUGCGCAACUCAAUUCUUCUUCUUCGUGGGUUUUGCCACUGUUGAGUGUUACCUCCUGGCCUCCAUGGCCUAUGACCGCCAUGCAGCGGUAUGUAGGCCUCUUCAUUACACCACCACCAUGACAGCAGGUGUCUGUACCUUCCUAACUGUUGGCUCCUAUCUCUGUGGCUUCCUCAAUGCUUCAAUCCAUGCAGCAGACACCUUCAGUCUCUCUUUCUGUGGUUCUAAUGAAAUCAAUCACUUCUUCUGUGACAUUCCUCCGUUGCUGGCCCUCGCAUGCUCCGACACACGCAUCAGCAAGCUGGCGGUCUUCUUUGUUGUAGGCUUCAAUGUCUUUUUCACCCUGCUUGUCAUCUUAAUCUCUUACCUCUUCAUAUAUAUCGCUAUUCAAAACAUGAAGUCAUCUGAGGGACGGAAGAAAGCCUUCUCCACCUGUGCUUCCCACCUCACUGCAGUGUCCAUCUUCUAUGGCACGAUCAUCUUCAUGUACUUGCAGCCCAGCUCUGGUCAGUCCAUGGACACAGACAAAAUAGCAUCUGUGUUCUAUACCGUAGUGAUCCCCAUGCUGAAUCCCCUGAUCUACAGCCUGAGGAACAAGGAAGUAAAGAGUGCUGUCUGGAAAAUACUCAGCACACUCUACCCUCCGUCUUUUAGUCGUAGUAGGAAGUAG